CAAUUGUGUCUUACGAACUUUUUCUUGAUCGAUUGAUUCUGCAAUACAUCCAGCGCUCCUUCAAGGCUGCACCAUCUCUCGACUUCCGUGUGCUCCUUGAACUCUCGGGAUCAUUGGAGGAUCCAAAGGCAGUGCGGUUACUUACCACCACCCAUGACAACGGUCCUACAACCGACGCGCUCCGAAAAUGAAAGCGACCCCCUUAAUCAUAAAUUGGCACCAUGACAACAACCAUCCGUACCCGAUAUACUCCGUCUCGCUCGAGCCCGCCGGCGGCAAAGGCCGCCUAGCAACCGGAGCCGGGGACAACAAUGUUCGAAUAGAAGAGAACGGUGAGAGCCACAAAGUCGAAUACCUGGCGACGCUCGCGAAGCACACCCAGGCAGUGAACGUUGUCCGCUGGGCGCCCAAGGGCGAGAUCCUCGCCUCCGCCGGCGACGAUGGCAACGUCAUUUUAUGGGUCCAGUCAGAAACCCACCACCCAGCCUUCGGCUCCGAGAGCCUCGAUGACAAGGAGACGUGGCGGGCCAAGCACAUGUGUCGGUCGCUGGGCACGGAGAUAUACGACUUGGCAUGGUCACCGGACGCCUCGUUCUUCAUUAUCGGCAGCAUGGAUAAUGUUGCGCGAAUCUACAACGCUGGAACAGGGACUCUUGUGCGUCAGAUAGCCGAGCACAGCCACUAUGUGCAGGGCGUGGCAUGGGACCCGCUGAACGAGUACAUCGCAACGCAAUCGUCGGACCGUUCUGUACAUAUCUACUCUCUGAGGACGAAGGACGGCCAGUACACUCUCAACAGCCACGAUGACAAGCCCCCGAAGAUCGCCAGCCACGCCAAGACCGAUCUUCCCCCUCGCCGGAUAUCCUCCAGCAGCCCAGCACCGCCUGAUAUAGGGUAUCGGUCGGUUCUCGCGGCGGUCGAUGCUGUUCCCGGCGUCGCGGUAGGUUCGCCUGUUCCGUCGGCGCCCGGCACCCCGACAUCGGCCGCCCUCCCGAUGAACCCUCCAAGCGUGAUCACACACAGCCGGCGCUCCUCCUUUUCAUCAAGACGUUCGGUCUCGCCAGCUCCGUCAAUGCCACUGCCGGCUGUGAUGCCGAUCGAGGCGUCGCCGAAGCCGCACCUGAACAGCACGAGCUUAGGCAUGAAGAAUGCCAGCCUCUACGCGAAUGAAACCCUGACGUCCUUUUUCCGGAGGCUGACCUUCACGCCCGACGGCAGUCUCCUUCUCACUCCUGCCGGGCAGUAUCAGACCCAGCAUCAAGUGGAGGGCGCAAAACCCACAUACGAGGUCAUCAACACCGUCUACAUCUACACGCGCGGCGGCAUCAACAAGCCUCCGAUCGCGCACUUGCCCGGCCACAAGAAGCCGUCGGUUGCAGUGCGGUGCUCCCCGGUUGUCUACACCCUCAGACAAUCUCCGCCCGUCACCAAGCACAUCACCAUCGACUCAUCGUCGGCCGAGGAAGCAAUUCCGUCGCUUCCCGAGCCCCUAUCUAAGCCUUCGCCCGCACCGUCGGUAAUGGAACCGCCCCCGCCUCCUAUUUCGGCCGAUACCUCGUCAUCCGCUUCGAAAAGCCUAAGCCUGGAGACGAGCGUGCAAAGCACAGGACCGAAAUCUGUGUUCGCUCUGCCGUACCGGAUGGUUUACGCUGUGGCGACGCAAGACUCCGUCUUGCUGUACGACACGCAGCAGCACACGCCCAUCUGUAUCGUGAGCAAUCUGCACUGCGCCACCUUUACGGAUCUGGCAUGGUCGAGCGACGGGUUAACGUUGUUGAUCUCAUCCUCGGACGGCUUUUGUUCGGCAUUGUCCUUCGCUCCUGGCGAGCUCGGCACCGUCUACACGGGGGACCUGGGACCUCCGAAGCACGCAGGGGCAGCUGUAUCUUCCAAUCAGAAUACCCCCGUUCCAACUCCAACCUCGGUGUUUGCGCCCCCUUCGCCGUUCCCGAACGGUUCUCAUCACAGGCACCGGGAUUCUGCCAGCUCACUCACCGCGCCCUCUCCACCCACGACAACGGCGUCCUUUGUCAACGCGCGGGCGGGGUCACCGGCGCGGUCUAAUUCGGCGGCCUCUUCCGUGGUCGCUCAAUCUUGUGUGCCGCAAGGAGGCGUACUGAGCAAUCCGCCGCUGAUAGCUGGACAGGUGCCCAGCAUCGCAGCGACGAAUUCGAGUAAAGUGGUGGGCAUCCCCAUCACAACCCCGCCCGAGACGCCGCGGAGCUCGUUUACAGCGCCCACCGGCGCCAAAAGGGAGACAGCCGAGGGCGAAGCCGACGAGUCCUCCGGCAGUCAGCCCAAGCGGAGGCGAAUCGCGCCCACGCUGGUCUCGGAAGCGGCGCCGUCGACCGGUAAUGGAAGAAACGACGACGUCGAAAGCAAGGCCUAACCUGCCUAGGGGAGCAUGUUGGCAUGAUGGCCAGCAGCGCUCGUGUACAAAUAGUAUCGGGAUAGCGAAGGGAGGGCAGGGCGUUAUGUUAUGGACAGGUCACGGGGUCUGUUUACGAAAAGUGAGAGCGGGCGUGGCAGACUCUCUGCGCCGGAUGAGCUCUCUGUGGGAGCCUCUUGAUAACAACGAAUGGUUCACGGCCUAGCAUUUAGCAGCCGGGGAAAGGAACGAUUGGUACGGAUGUACGGAUGUAUGUUGUAUGUAGGUACUUGUGGUGCUUUUAGUCCCUCUCCCUAACCUUGCACAAGACGGCCGGUGUAGUGUAGGAGUGUAUCCCGUUGGGUUCCGAUCGCCUGCCGGUAUUGUGUCACGCCUCGGAUCACGCCCCUUCUAGGCAACAUAAGAUUACAAGUGAAUACUGCUGCUAUGAACUACGCAAAAUCCCAGCCAGAAAUGCAGUGUCCCGGACCCGGAUAUCUAUCCUCCUACACCCUCGGAGGGCCGAUCUCGGUUGGAAUCCUGCUUGCCCCUGGAAAUUAGCGAGCAGGGCUUUCGGCUGUAGACGGCUCAACAAGGCCGGGCCGGGCGCGGAGCUUCCCAGCUUAGUCGGAAGCAGUAAAGCGGGGCGGGGGACAUGCGGGGAAGACCCGCUGGCCCCACACAUCACCUGCCCACUCCCGCUAUCUUAUC